AUGAGCGAGGGUAUCACAUACAAGCAAGAUCUUCCCCCUCAGGGCGGCUAUGCGCCGAUCCGGUACAAGCGCAACCUGCCGGCGCGUGGCCCGAGUGGUGUGAUGCUGAUGCUGUCGGCUGUCGGCAUCACGGCAUUUGGGUUCUGGCGCCUGGGCCUCGGCAAUGUCGAGAGGCGUGAACUUGCCCGUGAGCGUGCCUGGAGCCGUAUUUACUUGGCCCCGCUGCUUCUUGCUGAGGCAGACCGCGAUGCGUACCGUCGUGAUCGCGCGUCCGAGCUGCGCGAAAAGAAGCUCAUGAAAGACGUCCCUGGCUGGGAGGCUGGAAAGAGCGUAUACAACUCGAAGCGCUACACGCCCAGUAGCUUUGUCGUUAUGUAG